UCAAACAAAAUUUCGUUUGUCAUUCUUGUCGUCUGUAAAAACAACAGCCGCAAAAUUGUCUUUUUUAGCAAAAUCAUUGCAAAUAUUUAAAACAAAUAAUAAAACUAAAAUGAAUUUCCUAGGUAUUGAACAAUUUCCCGAUUAUAAAGUACCCGGUGCCCAACAUCAAGAUUUCUCUCCCUAUGAAUCCAAUGGAGGUUCCAUUGUGGCCAUAGCUGGUGAUGACUAUGUAGUUAUUGCAGCCGAUACCCGUCUCAGCAGUGGCUAUUCCAUUCACACACGCAAACAAAACAAACUUUUCCAAUUGAGUCCCAAAACAGUAUUGGGUUCUACCGGCUGCUGGUGUGACACCUUAGCUUUGACUGCCUUAGUUAAGGCCCGCAUGCAAAUGUACGAGCAUACUCACUUGAAAACCAUGUCUACAGAUGCUGUUGCCCAAAUGUUGUCCAUACUAAUGUACAACAAACGUUUCUUCCCCUAUUAUGUUUCAAAUGUUCUAGCCGGUUUGGAUAAUGAGGGUAAAGGUGUUGUCUACUCUUACGAUCCCAUUGGGCAUUGCGAAAGAACUACCUAUAGAGCUGGCGGUUCGGCUGGUGCCUUAUUGCAACCAGUUCUGGAUAAUCAAAUUGGUUUUAAGAACAUGAAAUUGGAGGGAGGUGUAGUGCCCAAGGUGCCUAAGGAACGUGCUGUCGCCAUUGCCACUGAUACCUUUAUUUCGGCUGCAGAACGUGAUAUUUAUACCGGUGAUGCUGUUAUGAUUAAUAUUAUAACCAAGGAUGGCAUUGAAGUUAAGGAAGUUCAAUUGAGAAAGGAUUAAGAUGUGUGGUUUACAUUUAAUAAUUAAUAAAAUACUACUUUAAUGUUUAUAUCCGAGAGAAGAUAAUUUUGAAAAUUGGUUUAUUUAAUAAACGUAAAAGAUUUUUUUAGUAA